GGCUGCUCUUCCUCCCCCGCGCCUCCUCCUCCUCCUCUCCGGCGGCACAAAGAGCAACAGUGAAGGCCCUGGCUUGCCUUUAAAGGCAGCGGCUGGAAAUUUAAGGUGUCCCAGAGCCAUGUCUCUCCGCAGCGCUCCUUACCGCACUCCGUGGAUAAAUGGUUGUUGCAGUUCCUCACCUUGCAGGUCUCGGGCGGUUGGGUUGCCGUUAAUUGCUCUUGGGUUUGUUUUGGACUGAUCAGCUGAGAAACUGGUACCAUUGCUCUGGGGUGGGAAAGGCCAGCAGUCUGUGCGAGAGAACCAUGUCUGUUCGGGAGUCGUUUAACCCAGAAAGUUACGAACUGGACAAGAGCUUCCGUCUGACCCGAUUCACUGAACUGAAAGGCACAGGCUGCAAAGUGCCGCAGGAUGUCUUACAAAAACUGCUCGAAUCUCUACAAGAAAACCAUUUUCAGGAAGAUGAACAGUUCCUGGGGGCAGUUAUGCCCAGGUUGGGAAUUGGGAUGGACACUUGCGUUAUUCCAUUAAGACACGGAGGUUUGUCGUUGGUCCAGACGACAGAUUAUAUUUAUCCUAUUGUGGAUGAUCCUUAUAUGAUGGGACGGAUAGCAUGUGCCAAUGUCCUAAGUGACCUUUAUGCCAUGGGGGUCACAGAAUGCGACAACAUGUUGAUGCUCCUUGGAAUCAGCAAUAAAAUGACAGAUAGGGAAAGAGACAAAGUGAUGCCUCUAAUUAUCCAGGGUUUCAAAGAUGCAGCAGAAGAGGCAGGAACAUCUGUUACUGGUGGCCAAACAGUGUUAAAUCCCUGGAUUGUUUUAGGAGGAGUGGCCACGACAGUCUGUCAGCCUAAUGAAUUUAUAAUGCCAGACAAUGCAGUGCCAGGAGAUGUGCUUGUAUUAACUAAACCCUUGGGAACACAAGUGGCUGUAGCUGUCCACCAGUGGCUAGAUAUUCCAGAAAAGUGGAAUAAAAUCAAACUAGUGGUAACGCAAGAAGAUGUAGAACUAGCAUACCAGGAAGCAAUGAUGAAUAUGGCACGACUGAACAGAACAGCUGCUGGACUCAUGCACACUUUCAAUGCACAUGCAGCUACAGACAUCACAGGAUUUGGAAUCCUGGGGCACGCACAAAACCUUGCCAAGCAGCAGCGAAAUGAGGUGUCCUUUGUUAUUCAUAACCUUCCUGUUCUUGCUAAGAUGGCUGCUGUCAGUAAGGCUUGUGGCAACAUGUUUGGCCUCAUGCAUGGGACUUGUCCGGAGACUUCAGGAGGCCUCCUCAUCUGUUUACCACGAGAACAGGCAGCACGUUUCUGUGCCGAGAUCAAGUCUCCAAAAUACGGCGAAGGUCACCAAGCAUGGAUUAUCGGCAUUGUAGAGAAGGGCAACCGCACGGCCAGAAUUAUAGACAAACCACGAAUCAUUGAAGUCGCACCACAGGUGGCCACUCAGAACGUGAACCCGACGCCCGGUGCCACCUCUUAAUAUAGAUGAAAUAGCUGUUUGUUUUUAAAUAGAUCUAUCCCCUUAUCAUCCUACGAUUUAAAGAACUGUAAAAAGAAAAGAAAACUUGUUGUGUCUGCACAUCUGGUGGCCUUGGGUCAGUUUAUGAGUGGAUACAAUUAAUAAAAUAAAAUCCAUUGCCUUUUUUUCCUGUUACAUUAACUGAAGAUGCACCUAAUCUUGAGGCAGCUUCUGAGUUGAGAAUUAUAUUGUUAUCCAAUACUGUUGAUUCAUUUUGAAUCUUUAGACACUUAUCUCUUGCCGCAUAGGCUCUUUUUAAAGGUGCUUUCACGUAGCACAGACAUUACCAGUAGUAGUGUCGAAUAGCAGUUUGUGUCCUUUCAUUAUAUGUAUAUUUAUCAUAAGUCUAAUUUUGAUGCCUUGAGUGAUAUUCCAGAAAGGCAAUAAAUUGGUAAGCGACACGGUGGGUAUACCCAGUAGUAAGAGGGUUGCAUGAUUACAUUCGAUCUUUGAUAUUUUUUUUUUGUUUGGUUUUUUUGUUUUGGUUUUUUUUGUUUUUUGUAAGGUUUAGUCUUACCAAGAGCAUCUACGACUGUGGACAUUGCUUGGUAGUGCACUCUGUUUAAACGAGCAAGUGCUGACUUUGCAUGGAAAGCGCUUCAGAGUCGAAGGAGUCAUUUUUAAUUUCAUUAUUUGUAGACCUGACAAUAUUUACUGUAUUAUCAAUGAUUGUUUUCUUUAUUGAUAGUAAGGAAAAAUAAUUCUUUUUUUGCAAUGUGAUUGGAUGUGCUAUAGUGCAACAAAGGUUUUGCAGACCAAAAGGAGGUUACUGUAUAAUAUUCAUUUACAAUUCACUAUAUAAAUAACUACACAAAUAAUUUUUAAAUAUAAUCAGACUAAAAUAAACCUCUGUUCUGUGGAUGGUAGUGUUUAAUACAUUUUAUAUUUUGUAUAGUGAUUACAAGCCUUUUUUGUUUCUUUAAAAUCAGCAGCUGUUUAGUAUAAUUCUUAGUAUUAUUUUGUUCUUUGCUCAAAUACAUUUUUCUGCACGCUUUUGUGAUCUGUGUUUAAAAUCUACAUUGCCGACAUUGCAGCUUGAACUUAAGCUUGUUAUUCAAAAUAAAUAUUUAAUUUUUUUUAUUGCUCUU